AUGUCGUACGAUGGCACUCCCGAUGUCGUGUUCAAUUCGCGAAGCGAUGAUUUGCCUGAGGCAUCUGAGUUCUUCCCAGACCUAGCCAUAGAACCGCGUUACUAUGACCUGCCGUUUGGCAAUCCAAGACUUGAGCGAGCCCCCACGAACGAAGCGGAUCUUCCCUUGUGGCCUGACGGUAAAUCCAUCAGCAAUGCCUACCACUCCUUCUAUCUCAUGGAUCCAACUAACGGCAUUGUAGGAACCUUGGGCCCUGAUGCAGGAACUCGACCUCGAAGCCGUAGAGCCCGCGUUGCGCAUUUGCCCCAGCCUGCGCAACCACCUGCGCAACCACCUGCAGCAGCAACAGUUGCGGAUGCGGCAUCAGCUUCAGAAUCUCCGUUUUUGUAUCAGGGUUGGGCUGAGCGAGAUAUUGCAGAGGAACUUCUGACUCCUGAGUCCUUCUAUUGGUGGAAGGCUCGUGAUGCCAUGGCAGAGAGAGGGCUGCUUCCUGGCAUACCCAAGAUUUAUCCUUCUGGCGCGCGAAACCAUCAAACUGCUUCGGCUUCUACCGCCAACAAACGGAGCCUCAGAUGGGAAGACCUCAGCUUGGGCGUGCGAUGGCUCAUCAUUCUGCGCCUCAGCGAGCAGCGUCCGUUUUCCGUCGUCAUCAUCUCGCAACUUGAUCUUUCUAAACACCAGGUUCAUGAAUUCGUCACCAGCUACAUCAACUUCUGUGAUCAGUGGAAUGCUUUCGAACACAGCGUCGCUGAUCGGGUCAAAGCCUUCGGCGGACAUGCCGAGCAGCAAGACAUGCUGCUCGCUAAUUGGAUUCAUGAGCAUCGCCCACUGAUGCCCCAUGACCGCAUCACUCAGGAAGAUGUUCACAUGGGCCUCCACUUCCUUCACGAACGAGGAAUUGUCAACCAUAACGUCGAUCUCCAAAAAUGGGUUGACGUGAAAGAGCCCAAGGACUUUGCUCGCAUUCAGAUUGACGUCCCCAUCCUGAGAGACUGCAUGGAUUACCGACUUCUUCGAAGAGUUGCCGUCGCCCGGUUGGUCCGUGCCGAUGAUGUUAAGGAAGUCAUCAGACAGAAUGGAAGAAACAACCGCCGCAACGCGUCCAAUGCUCGCAGAGGCAAUGCGAUGAAGAACGAUGCGUUUCUUGGAAUGCUCCAGCAGGCUAUAUCCCCCGAAGCUCAGGCUGUUUUGAACACUAUCUCGACAGACCUGCGCAGUGGUGGGCCCAUGCCCAUGCCGAUCCCACAAUACCAGAGGCAACAGAAGGCAGACGAGGCUCGCGGGGCUUUGAAGCGCUUGGUUCCAGAGCUGCAGCCUCAGACUGCUCCGGGAGGACUGGCCAAGACCCAGUGGGAAAUCGACAAUGGGUAUCCUCAUGGAUAUAGCUGGGAAUACAUCCCUCUUCACCUCGCUGAGGAUGCAGCCGAUAUGGAAUCAAGCCCUAUUCCUGAAGAGCUGAGAACACAAAAGUCUUCCCGUCUUACUGCUAUACGACAUGGUAUUCUCCAGAGACAAGAUGCUAGGGCCGCUGACCCAUGUGCUCAGACGCCGGAGACUUCCCCGGGCCAGCAGUCCCCUGAGCAAGCUCAAAGUACCGCGCCGCUUCACAAUAACGUGCCAAGGUCUCGGAUCGGAACUGCUCGAGAACGUUUCAUGACAAGCAAUAGCAAAGGGCAACUCGUGGUUGGCAUCGCGGCAGACAUCCCUUCAGUGACUGGACAAGUCCCCCAGAACCCUGGCUUCAUCAGACAGUUUGCUGAAUUAGGAUGCUGUAGUCAGCCUGAGGCGCCGAGAGCAGUGGAAGAAGAACCCGAACAAAGUCUUCCAGAAGAUCUGAAACCCGCAGAGGGCCUUGAGCCGGAUACCAAUGUAGUAGUGUUGGAAAGAAGCAAGCGAAAGCGUCGGCCUAGUGCCCGUGCUCGCGAAUCUUUGCAAUAUGCUCUGGAGAUGGAACGGUGUACUGAAACUAUUUCCGAGAAGCUCCAAGGGAACAAAGCGCGGCCGUCCAAGCCAAAAAGAAAAGCCGGCGAAACCAAAGGCUCCAAAGGCUCCCAAGGUUCCCAAGGCUCCAAAAGCCCCCAAGACUCCCAAGGCGGGUCCAAGCCAACGCAAGAAGCCGACGCCAAAGAAGCAGCAGCAGCAGGAACAGCAGCAGCAGCAAGAACAGCAGUAACUCUGCCUCGUGUCCAAACGCGAAGCAGCUUGGCUCGUUCAUAUGCUGCCGCAGAGGUAUAUGAACCAUCACUACCGGUCGUGAUUGAAGCUCCAAGACUAGAAGGAGAAGAUCAGUGUCAAUGUAUUGUGCCAGAACCAGGUCAAUCUGAGUCAGAGAUCUCGACUGCCUGUGAUAUCCAACAGAGACCGUGUAGAAGACGAAACUGUAGGAUUCGGAGAUCGGAAAACCAUUUUGGAAUGAUGAGAGGGGAACAUAUCAACGCGCGCCCACCACCUGUAUCUGCAGCCGAAUGCGCUUGGGCUGCCGAGGAUGCUGAAUUUGCUGUCGAAGCUGUCCAGGCUUGCUAUGCUCUAACCGCGGACCGGACGAAUACAGAAUUACCGGUCCCACGGCAACAUCAGAUAGAUCAAGACGUCGCUCAGGCAGCUAUUGUCUCGAGGGAGGCCGAAUAUACUCGAAUCGAACGCCUACACCGAUCAGAGAAUGGACCGAUUGCUAGGAUAGCCGAGUUUGCAGGUGUUACUGACACAGCAAUCUUUGCAAUCCAUGCCAUCGAAGCCUCCAUUGCCUUUCAAGAACUUUGGUCUGAUCUCGAGACUGACGAUGAAUCCGAAGAGCAGCAAUCGCAACUAGCUCUUGAAUAG